UAUACUUAUUUAUUUGAUGCCCUCCAUGCGAUAUCGGAGGUUAGAAUUAUUGAAAAUAAAAUGACGAAAGUAAAUUUGCUAAGCUUCGGAAUUUUCGAACCCACUGACAUUAUAAUUAACAAUAGGGUGAUUAACUAGGAUUAAAGUGUUAACUGUGAGCAGUCUGUGGCGUAGUUCUGUAUUAAUGGGAAUUACCUGUAAUGACUGUUGAAUGGAAUAUAAAAUAUAGAAAAUAAAACAGUAUGGAGACAUUUGACAAAUUCAGAUAUGAUUUUGGUAUAUCAUCACCAUCACCAUCAGUUCUCCCACCUAGAUCCGCCACCCUGUCUUUCGUUUCCGAACCGUCGAGUCCCGGAAGUGGAACCGGAAGCCACAAUGUUUCACGUUUAAGAAAGAACAGUGCAAAAAUUCGCAAAAAACAAAUGAACAGCCACAUGGCAAGUCCGAUUCCCUCUGCCACAAGCGUCAAAUCCACGACUUAUAAACAUUUGUCUUCGAAACCGUGGGAGUACGUCCCUAUCCUGACGGACAAACAGUACGCCGAGAAAAAGGAACGGCUGCUAAGGGGCAGUAAAUUAAAACGCGAACUGGAAAAGUACUGGAACAUACAGACACCAAGCCGGUUGGAGAAAAAGAGGCUAGAAGAAAUUUCCAGCGACGAUGAAGAGUACGACACGGAUCUUGAUCAAGAAUUAGUUGGACUUGAGCUUAUUGUGGACGAAAAAACCAAACAAAUCAAAGAUGAUGGAUCGUUUCCGGAGUACAAGCGCAUGUGCCGGAAGUUGAACGUAAUACCAAAUCACUACCUCCUACGUCAUUCAACUGAUGACGACAUCAAAUUGCGAUAUAGAUAUCUCAGCAAGAACGACUGCACUGCCAUGGGUUACGAGAUGAAGGACAAUUCAACCUUCUCCAGGAUAGACCUUGAGGAUAAUGGAAUGACAGGAAAACACAUCCACGCUCUGGCGGAAAUGCUUCUUCAGAAUCAUUACGUAUCUGAAAUAAAUUUGUCCAAUAAUCCAGUCGGGGUUCCGGGGGCAAAGGUGGUGCGUUACAUACUUACAAACAAUACUCACGUACGGAAAAUUGAUUUAACAGGUUGUAAAAUUCAAGAUGUCGGAGGUAAACUAAUGGCUGAUAUACUCGAGCAUAAUCAAUAUAUUACACAACUUCUGCUUGGACGAAACGGGAUCGGCAAUGAAGCAGCCAUACAAUUUGGGAAAGCUUUAGAAUCCAACAGCACCCUGGAGAUUUUGGACCUCUCCUGGAACCAGAUCUCACGUCCUGGAGCCCAGGCUUUAGCUGCCGGGCUUAGGCACAACCAGCAAUUGCGAAGUCUUAUUUUGAAUAUGAAUGGGCUUGGAAAAGAAGGAGGAUGUUUUCUGAUUGAGGCCCUUCGUCUCAAUUCCUCGCUGACCGUCCUUGACCUUGGAGCCAAUAGAAUCCCAGAUGAAAUCGCCCCUGUUGUUGCUAGGGUUUUACCCAAUAAUAAGGCUCUCCAGACAUUAAAGCUUUCGUACAAUCUGAUUACCUCUGAGGGAGCCAUGGCGCUCUUAAAACCCUGGUCAUCUAAGAUUAAAAAGAGAAGCCCACUGAAGACAAUAGAACUGGAUGGAACUGACGUACACACAGAGUUAGCGUUACUGAUCCAUAAACUGAGAGAAAAGCGAGGCCUUACUGUAACACUGAGGUUACCACCCUCUAGAAGAGAAAGAUCGUUAGAUCCGCUCAUGGGUAGUCUGAUGUACAUCGUAAAAUUCUGUGAUAAAGAAGACGUGGAACUCACAGAACUUUUCCCAAAGUCAUAUGAGGAAAAAGGCGUACUAAUAUCCACAGAUGACGUUGUAGAACUCGUCAAGCAUUCUGGUACAGACAUCAACAAAUACAGACUCCACGAACUCAAGAGGACGCUACAAGAAACACGAGACCGACGGUUUGAAUUAAAGGAACUAAUGACUAUACAUAAUCAGAUGAAACUUGGCAAAGACCCACACAGAGAAGACUCUCUACGAAGCGCUAUCGCCGGUAAACGCCGAGGUAUUCCGACAGAGACUCAAAAAGCCCCCACUCCAAACACGGCAGGCGUUAGAUUCCGGGGCGGCAGUGAUGAAGAGGAUUAGCAGUUCAUUGAUAAUUGUAAUACACGUACAUAACAGACUCGCAUAAACUUUUGCACACUGAUGUGGAGCAAAAAGAUGGUAUUUUAAUUCUGAGGAUGUUCUUUACUAUGUUUAUUAAAAACGAUUAAAUCAAUUUUCAAAUUC